GCUGCCGCAUCCACAAAGAUCAUUCCACUAUCAAAUCGGUGAGAUAAAUUUCCAGAUUUGUUUUGUGAGAUUGCGAAGAUUGUUGACAAUGGAUGAGGCGUCAUCGUCAGCGAUCGCCAAGGAUGUCACAGAGCUGAUCGGGAACACGCCGCUGGUGUACCUCAACACGGUCACUCGUGGCUGCGUGGGGCGCGUCGCCGCCAAGCUCGAGUGCAUGGAGCCCUGCUCCAGCGUCAAGGACAGGAUUGGAUACAGUAUGAUCACCGAUGCAGAGGAGAAGGGGUUCAUCACUCCGGGCACUAGUGUGCUGAUUGAACCAACCAGUGGCAACACAGGCAUUGGACUAGCCUUCAUGGCUGCCGCAAAGGGUUACAGACUUAUACUUACGAUGCCUGCCUCCAUGAGUAUGGAGAGGAGAAUCAUAUUGAAGGCUUUCGGUGCGAAAUUGGUCCUGACAGACCCACUCUUGGGAAUGAAAGGAUCUAUCCAAAAGGCGGAACAGAUCGCAGCAAAGACACCCAACUCAUAUAUCCUUCAACAAUUCGAGAAUGCUGCCAACCCGAAGAUUCACUAUGAGACAACUGGGCCUGAAAUCUGGAAAGGCACGGGAGGGAAGAUUGAUGGCCUUAUAUCUGGCAUCGGGACAGGUGGCACCAUUACUGGAUCCGGACGAUACCUCAAAGAGCAAAAUCCUAAUAUCAAGUUAUAUGGUGUGGAGCCGACAGAGAGUGCUAUCUUAAAUGGCGGAAAGCCUGGGCCACACAAGAUCCAAGGAAUUGGAGCUGGUUUUAUCCCUGGUGUCUUGGACCUUCACAUCAUUGAUGAAACCGUAGUAGUUUCAAGUGAUGAAUCUAUUGAGAUGGCCAAGUCCCUUGCUCUGAAAGAAGGAUUGCUGGUUGGAAUAUCUUCCGGUGCGGCUGCCGCUGCGGCAAUCAAGGUUGCUCAGAGGCCCGAGAAUGCAGGAAAACUUUUUGUUGUUAUAUUCCCAAGCUUCGGGGAGCGCUACCUUUCGUCAGUCCUCUUCAAUUCCAUCAGGAGGAAGGCCGAGAACAUGGUGAUCGAGUGAUCCUCGGGUCCUAAUGCGCGAAAACUGUGACGGUUUUUUUCAAGGACCGGUCUCUUUGUCCAUAGGAGUGCACAGAAAUAAAGCUUUGGUGUCAUGUUUAAUUCCACUUUGUGUAGCAAGCAAUGGAGAAUACUUCUUGUUGUUC